AUGGAUUCUGAUGCUGAGAUUCACUUAGCCGCUAAAUGCCUUGGUAACACCAUUACUCAAGGUAAUGAGGCAUCAAACCAGGACAAAGCGAAGGCCGUGAUUUUCCUCCGUCAUCAUUUGGAUGAAGGUUUGAAGGUUGAAUAUUUAACAGUAAAAGAUCCACUUGAAUUGUGGACUGGCCUGAAGGAAAGGUAUGAUCACCUUAAGGCUAUGGUAUUGCCAAGGGCUCGAUAUGAGUGGAUGCACUUACGGUUGCAAGAUUUUAAGAUCCAAUACCGUGAAAGGGGUUUUAAAAAGUAUUCUGAAUUGAUCUCAUACCUUAUGGUGGCUGAGCAACAUAAUACCCUUUUGCUGAAAAAUCAUGAAGCCCGUCCCACAGGGUCAGCUCCGCUUCCUGAAGCGAAUAUGGCAGCUAGACGUGAUAAGUCUGGAAAAAGACAGAAUAAUAAUCAUGGCCAUAUGAAUGUACGUGGGCAUGGCAAUGGGCCUUCAAACAAAAAUGAUGACAAUGCCGAGACAAAUCUUGCUUUGAAUGAUGAUGAUUUUCAAGGCCUCGAUGAUCUUACUCAUUUGGAAGUUGAAGACUUCUUUGGAGAUCAAACUAAAGUUUGA